GUGGCGAGAUUUAAACCCCUUGCCUACUCUCUGCCCUUAAUCUUAUCUCUCCUGAUUACACAUCAUCACUUGUGAUCAUGUAAGAUUCCUGGACCUAGUAUGAAGUAAUGUGUAUGAAGACGGGAGGGGUCUGCUUAUCUGAAUCAAUAGAAUUACUGACUGGUGUCUCAUAUAACGUGACUGAUGUUACAGUGGGGAACUGAUAAUUCACUGAUCAUGGCUCAAUGCUCGUGUGUGCACACAUACAACUCAAUAUACCAUAUUGAUUAAAGAACCUGAACAGAAAGAACAGUGCAGUCCUGACAGGAUAUCUACGUGUCACAAAAUGCUUGAAGUUGCAGAUGAAACUGAUGUCCUGGUGUUGACCACACUGUCCGUGAUUCUGUUGGUCAUAUCUCUCAUCAUGGGACUUAAGAUUCGUUGGUUUCGCACUCAAAUGAAUAUGAAAGCAACUAACAGCAGCAGCGAACUAGAAUCAUUAUAUGGCGUAUACCGAAGUCAACCUACUGAAGUAUCAAGUUCAGCACCUCUGUUAUCUCUGUCACACAACAUAAUUGCAGGCAGUUCAUCAUAUAAAUCACAGAUAUCACUAUCUUCAGAACAACUACCAACACAUCCAUCAUUGUUGCAUAAGUCUAAGACUGAUUUAUGGAAGAAACCUCCAGCUUCUUCAAUAGAAAGUCCACCUGAGGAACCAUCACGACACAACCGCAAAUUUGAAGAUGGAACAAAAACCAAGUCUGCAUCUAGUAAAAACCCACUUUCCAUGCCCACAGAACAUAAUUCAGUACAUACUAAUUCACUACAAUAUCCCUCCGUGGGACAGACUCAGCCAUCAAGUCACAAAAAAAAGUCAUCAGAUGGAAACAAGAUAAAAUCCCUAUUUUCACUUACCAAGAAUCCACUUUCCAAACAGGAGAAACAUAACAAACCAACUCAUAAUUCAAUGCAAAUGAGUUCAUCAAAAAUUCCACCUCCAUUUGCAACUGUGGGACAAUCACAGCUAUCACAUAAUGAGGAAGAAGAUGCGGAUGGAAACAGACUGGAAGCUCCAUAUGCACCCAUUAAAAAUCCACUAGCCAAACCAGACAAACAAAUUAAACCUGUGGAGGUCAAAAAGCCUCCGGACUAUUUGGGGCAGAGUAUGAAGCCAAAAAGCAGAGUUCCUGUCUCUAAAGGUAUUCUGCAGAAGGUAAACCCACCACAACUUCCAACGACACAUGAUGACAGUUCAACUUCACUCACACUAACUGAUAAUAACAAUACAUCUCUCAAACAAACUGACAGAAGCUCAGCUUCUCUCAAACUGAAAACACCACUUCCGUUGCAUGUUUUAGAGCAGGAUGAAUCAGAGUCAGAAUCAUAAGACAAUCAACCAAAGACGAAACAUGGUGUUUCUGGUAACAGCGCUUCGGUCUGUGGGUACAUAUUGAGAGUACAUAUGAGAAGAGGUAAUUCAUCGAAUCCUGAAGGGAAUUUAUUACACUAAUAGAGUGGAGCCAAAUGACCCAUGUUUGUACUACACGGGCAACAGUGAUGUCUUAGGCCCCCCAUACACACACAGUUUGGCCUUCUGAUCGACCUUACAGGCAAAACUUUCAAAGUUUGCCCUCUCCCGUUCCUUCCCCAUACACGCGCAGAUAAACCGGCAUGCUUCAUGCCACAGUCACGGUCUUCCAGGCUAUAUUGCUGAAUCACACACGUCACAUGCUACGGUCCUGCAGGUAGAACUGACGGACUGAUGGGGUUCCUACAGGCCAACAGUCCAAACGAUUGGCCAGC